CAUGAUCCUGAGUGUGAGGACUUCACUGUUUCCAAUCCCAUCCAAUCCAAAUGCCCCACCUAACUACCCUCACUUCCCCACAUUUAACUCUUCCAACUGCUUCCAUCUUCCUCUCUGUCCUUUCCUCCAUUUUCUUAAUCCUAUUUAUGAUAAACAACCCUUUCUUUCUUUCUUUCUCUCACCUUUGUCAUUCAUUCAUUCCCACUCAUGCAUUCAAUUCAAUUCUUGUCUCUUUUCUUCUUUCUGUUGUUGUUGUGUUCUUCUUCUUCUUCUUCUUCUUUUUUAUUUCUGAAAAGUUGAGCUAGAUUUUGCCUACUUUUGUUUCUUUUUCUUUUUCUUUUUCUUUUUUCUUUUCCAGAAGUUCAAAUCUUGUUUGGUUUUGUGUUUUUAUAUUUUUCUAACCACUCUUCUGGAUCUGAAGCUAUUAUCUUGUGUUUUUUUUUUUCCUUUUUUUGUCUUGUUUUUUAUUUGAGAUUUGGUAGAGAUUGAGAUUUCUCUUUCAUUGAAAGAGAAAUCUCAUCAAAAUCCCACCUUUCCAUCACAAACGUCUCCAGUGAUUUCCACCAUAAUAUCCCCUCUAAAUCCAAUCUUUUCACCUUUCUUCAACCCUAGCACUCAAAUCCAACCAGAAAAACUCAAAAAGAUUCAAUCUUUGCAAUGGGGAAUGCAAUGGAUUGCAUGUCCCGCAAGGAUUCAAGGCCCAGCUCUGUGUCUCGGAGCAAGAGGAACUCAAAAUCUCAGCGCAAGACUUCGGCUACCGCCGAGGAUGAACAGCUCCACCGCCAAGCUCUGGCCAUGGCCAUCCAGCAACACCAGCUUUCUCAGCGCUUUGAGGGUUCCAUGUCCCGGAGGAUCACCGGCUCCACCAGCUCCCGGCGGCUCGCUGAUCCCUUCUCCAAUGGCAAGCAACAGGCUCCGAUUGUUCUUGAUAAUGUGGAGACGAAGAAACUUGUCCUAGUGCAUGGAGAAGGAUUUGGAGCUUGGUGCUGGUAUAAAACGAUUACCAUGUUAGAAGAAGCCGGGCUAGAGCCAAUAGCAUUGGAUCUCACAGGGUCCGGAAUUGACACCACCGACACAAACAUUAUAACUUCCUUAGAAGACUACGCAAAACCGCUCAUAAAUUACUUGCACAACCUUCCAGAGGGUGAAAAGGUAAUUUUGGUUGGUCAUAGCUGUGGAGGUGCAAGCAUAUCAUAUGCACUUGAAUGUUAUCCAAAAAAAAUUUCAAAGGCGGUAUUUGUUUGUGCGACGAUGGUGGCAGAUGGACAGAAACCUUUUGAUAUAUUUGCCGAGGAAUUAGCAUCAGCUGAAGCAUUUAUGCAAGAGUCUCAAUUUUUAUUAUAUGGUAAUGGUAGAGACAAACCCCCAACUAGUCUUAUGUUCAGCAAACAACAAAUUAAAGGGCUCUAUUUCAACCAGAGUCCCCCUAAGGACAUUGCUCUGGCCACAGUUGCCAUGAGACCUACACCGUUAGCGCCGAUCAUGGAGAAGCUUUCUCUCAGCCCGGGAAACUACGGGUCUGUUCGACGAUACUUUGUUCAAACACUAGAUGAUCGUAUGCUUUCACCGGAUGUGCAGGAGAAGUUGGUCAGGGAAAACCCACCUCAUGGAGUUUACAAGAUCAAAGGAAGUGAUCACUGCCCUUUCUUCUCGAAACCGUUAUCGUUAAACAAGAUUUUGCUUGAAAUUAUACAACUUUGAGUAGUGUUGUGAAGUUUGCUGAAUUAGAUGCAUUGCAUUGUAGGCUUUGUAGCUGUAAGAUUGUAUAUACUCAGGUAAAUAGGAUACCAAUGAUUUUUAAUUUAUAAUUAUUUUUUAUCAAUCUGUAUGAAUAAUUUGAUGUUUUGGCAGAUUUGGUUAUGGUAGUUUGUUAUAUGA